GCAGCUUGACGUGAGUGAAUUGUGUGGCCUUAGGCACCAAGCGCAGAACGCGAUUUCUACCUCGCGAUAAAAGCUUCAAAUACUUUAUUUGUGUAUAGGCGCAAUCAAUUGGUCUCACGAUCCACUAUCAACCACCACAUCGAACCUCCGAAACCAAUUUACAUCAACAAUCUAACCGGCAUCAUGAAGCUCGUCAGGUAAGCUUUUCCCAUCACCAAAAGGCCUUUAAUUGGCAUGCGCUGAGCUCAAAUUCUUUCUCAAGGCUCCCAUCUGAAUCUCCUGACUGACUUUCUCUUUCCAUGGUAGGUUUCUCAUGAAGUGUGCGAACGAAACUGUCACGAUCGAGCUCAAAAAUGGUAUACAAAUUCUCUACUUCUCUCUUACUAGCCUGACUCUUAAUCAACGGGUCCAUUAACAACUAUACCAGGCACAAUCAUUCACGGUACCAUAACUUCUGUCUCUCCACAAAUGAAUACCGCUCUCCGUACGGUCAAGAUGACACCUAAGAAUGGCGCAUCUCUCUCCCUUGAUACCAUCAACCUCCGAGGUUCCACAAUCCGUUACUACAUUCUGCCUGAUUCGUUACCCCUCGAUACAUUGUUGAUAGACGACGCACCAAAGCCAAAGAACAAGGCGAGAAAGGAAGCUACAGGUGCUGCCGAUAGAGGUGGUAGAGGAGGACCUCGAGGAGGACGAGGUGGAGGAAGAGGUAGAGGGGGUGGUGGUGGUGGUGGUGGAUUCAGAGGAGGUAGGGGACGAGGGGGUGGAAGAGGAUUCUAAGGAUUGCGUAGAAUGGUUGGUUGCGAGAUUCGAUGAUCAUUAUACCAGUGACGGCGACAAGAAAGAAAUUGGAGGAGAGGAUCACAUUGAGAAUGUUCGCUCUACUUGGCUAUACAGAUGGGAGAUGGACCAAGGGAAGGAGGGUGUCAUGCAUGCUCAGCUUGUGGGAAUAUUGGCGUUUUGAGUGGCAUAUGAAAAGCAGCUAUAUCGAUCAAUUACGAACGAACAAGGGGACGCCUUGUCGGCUUUGAAACACACGUAUACAUGGACUUUACCUUCAAUACAUCACGAUGCUACAGUGUGGUUAUGUUGACUUUAGGAAGCAUUAGGUGGCAUGCGCCAAAUCCUAACAAUUUGCAAUUUUUCCCAUCCCCCAACCCUUCC